GUAUGGUUUGGAGACGGUGGCACUGACAAAAAGACGGGAGGUGGCGCUGAAGAUUCUAAAUUUUUAGUUGCGAGUGACUAGGAGGGACAUUGAAGCAAAGUUGAAAUGGCUUGGACAUAUGAAUAGAAUGCAGCAUGAGCCAUGUGUGUGGCAGGACCUCUAUAAGAAGGAAAAGUCAACAAUUUUCAACAAGAAACAAAAACAACAGAUAAAAAGUGUUGCUUUGCAAAAAGAUUCAGUGCUCUUCCCAGAUAUUCAACCCACUACAGUAAGGCAAAUGAGGAGAAAAAAAUGAAACGACUGAAGACCCGCAAGGAGAGGAGUCAAAUAAGAGGUGGCUGGAAAGAGAUUUCAAAGAUCAAGUCAAAUCACCAUCAUCAUCACUACCGUCAUUGCCAAAGCAACAUAGACAUGGCACAUUUGCAUAACUGCUGUUGUGCUAGUUGCCAUUGUUCUUCGAGGAGAAAUCCACCAUUUCCAAGUGUUGUGCGCUCUGUGCAGGAGCCCAGUAUCAUCACAGACGGCCGCCUGACAGGACACCAUGGCCUGUUUAACCAUGAGGUGAAGUCUAUUGAUUUUGAACGCUUGCUAAGUGAACAGCCAAAACUGGAGGAACAAAGAAAAGAAAAGAACACUGUAAUUUCACAUUCAUCUUCAGCAUUGCACAAUUCUGCUUCACUGUCCACUGAUGCUUUGUUGGGAGCUGAUACAGAUGUUGGGAGCUGUGUGCCAUUCAGAAAAAAUACAGACCCUGCUUCAAAAGCCCACACUGACUGCCAAGAGAAGGAAAAGAACAACAUCCAGUUUGAGUCAAAGCAGUCAGAUGUCACAACAGAAGAGAAACCACAACAACAACUCCCUCUUUCAUGUGAAAGUUUUCAAAGCAGCCACUGGUCUAAACACAGCUUCCUCGAUGUACUAACAACAGAAACCAAGUGGGCAUGUGUCAUGUCUGAAAACAGCAGAGAAUCACUGCUGACUCCGGUUGUUGACAGAGACAAUAUUAAGUCUUUCAACACAAAUGUAAAGAAACGUGUGAUUUCUACUCUUGUGCAAACCCCAAAGAACCAGGAGCCCCCUGUUCAGCAGUUUGUCAGUGCAGUAGCAGCACGUUUGUGUCAACGUUUGAAGCUUCCGUCGAUCAGUAGGAGAAACCUGCUGUCAGAGAGCAGGGAGGUCCUGUUAAACUCUCUGAGGGAAACACAUGGACCGUGGCUUCAAGAGAACCUCCUUAGACUUCAGCAACAUCGUAGCUUUGCUGUGCAUCCCACAAAGAAAGACCAAGAUCAUGAUCAAGAGCCAACCAGGAAAAAUGAAGAGAAUCGCUUUGCCGCAGAUAUCUCUUUUAAUAUGCCAGCAAAUAGCCAUUCCAGCUGGAAGACCAGUCUGCAGCAACACUGCAGUCAAAAACAGGUUACUGAGUGGCUGGCGAGCCCUGCGGAUAUGGCUGACAGUGUUUUGGAUGAUAUCCUCAGACCAAGUCUCUCUCCUCCAUUGUUCAUGAACCUUCAGACCUGUGAAGCUCCAGAAAGCAUUUUGUUUGCUCCUUCUACCACUUUAUGCCAGAGAGAAGGGGCUUCUGUACCUGAGAACUGGCAAGAUGGUUUAAACUGGUCAAAGAGCAAAAAUUCAGCUACAUUUGGUUCUUUUGAAAAUGGCUUCAUGGACCAAUCCAGCUUACUUGGAAAUCAGAGCCUACAGUACUCUGACAGCAACUCCCAGCCCUCUUUUCCUUACCAAUCGCAGCUGCCAGAAACAUACGCAGGAGAGCCAAUGCACUUUGCCCAGCAGGAAGACCCAUUUGGAACUGAUAUGUACUCUUGUGUUCCCUCUUUUGCUGCCCCAGUUCACCAUCAGAGCAGCCAUUUCCAACCUUCAAACAAGUUCAGUCACGCUUCAGCUUGUUCUCUGAAGUCCCAGCACACUGAUAUUAUGCACUACCCUCCGUCAUUCAUUCUUGAGAGAGACCCUUCACCUUCCCUUUCUGCUUUCCUUAGCCCUGAGCCGUGGUCCUUCCCUCCUAUGAGACUGUACUAAUGUGUGGUAAAGCUCUCCAUACAAGCAUGUGGAUCAAUAUUUCUAUGACUGAUUAAAGUACAAUUCUCCCUUAA